AUCGCUGUUACGAUUUACGACCGCACUCCUGGGUGAGUUCGUUUUUUACUUAAACAGACUUGCAAGCAGUUUUAAAUUAUAUCUUCCCUUUUUUUUCAAAUUCAUUCGGAGUUCAUUUAGAAAUAAGUUAUUAAAAUAUAAAACUCCUAUAAAUUGGGUUUUUGUGAGUUGAAUUUGACUGAAUUUGACUAUUGCUUUUGGUGGGCGGAUAUGAAAAUGACAGCCAUAUAGAUAUUUAGAUAUAUAUACUGAUACAGACGUGUGUAUAAAAAAGCAAGCUUGACACAGCACGACAGUCUGCACAACUUGUAUGCCUUGGUCCUUCGUGGCUUCGUCAGCCAGUUUACAUGUUUUGAUGUGUGUGUCUGACGUUUGUGUUCAAGCCAGUAUUUAGUUUUGUCAAGUUGACGAUUGACUUAAUGCCAACUGGUAUCAUUGUGACACGUAAAAACGCUUUUAUACAAAAUUAAACAAAUAGUGCCUAUAAAAUCUAAUAUUUGUGAUUUCAUUAAUUUUCCAUAAAGCUGUUAGUUACGAAUAAAAACGAAAUAAAUAAAUCGAAAUAACUGAGGUGUGAUAAAUUGCAGCAAUGACGCAGCUACUACCUAUAAGGUUUCAGGAACAUCUUCAGCUCACUGCUGUGGGAAUAAAUGCCAACAAUGUCAGCUUUAAUACCCUUACAAUGGAGUCUGAUAAAUUCAUUUGUGUACGUGAAAAAGUUGGUGAUACAUCGCAAGUUGUUAUUAUUGAUAUGAAUGACUCGGGAAAUCCGAUAAGACGACCAAUAUCUGCUGAUUCAGCAAUAAUGAAUCCAGCAAGUAAAGUUAUUGCCUUAAAAGCACAAAAAACACUUCAAAUAUUCAAUAUCGAAAUGAAAUCAAAAAUGAAAGCGCACACGAUGACUGAGGAUGUUGUCUUUUGGAAAUGGAUAUCACUAAAUACACUAGCACUUGUAACUGAACAAUCAGUUUAUCAUUGGUCAAUGGCAGGUGAUUCUACACCAACGAAAAUGUUUGAUCGUCAUGCAUCUCUCAAUGGCUGUCAAAUAAUAAAUUAUCGAACUGAUUUAAAACAAACAUGGCUUUUGUUAAUUGGUAUUUCAGCCCAACAUAAUCGUGUUGUUGGAGCAAUGCAUCUAUAUUCAGUAGAGCGCAAUUGUUCUCAGCAAAUCGAGGGUCAUGCUGCAUCAUUUGCUCAAUUUAAAAUGGAAGGUAAUGCCGAGCCGAGUAAUUUAUUUUGUUUUGCCGCUAGAACUGUCCAAAGUGCUAAGCUUCAUAUAAUCGAAGUUGGUCAACCACCAGCGGGUAAUGCACCAUUCCAAAAAAAGGCUGUUGAUGUUUUUUUUCCACCUGAAGCUGGCAAUGACUUUCCUGUUGCCAUGCAAGUUAGUUCUAAAUACGAUGUUAUCUAUCUCAUAACUAAAUAUGGCUAUAUUCAUAUGUAUGACAUUGAAUCAGCCACUUGCAUAUAUAUGAAUCGUAUUUCUGGAGAAACAAUAUUUGUAACAGCACCACAUGAAGCCUCUGGUGGUAUCAUUGGAGUUAAUCGCAAGGGUCACGUUCUUUCUGUGUCUGUUGAAGAAGAAAAUAUAAUUCCUUAUAUCAAUGGAGUAUUACAAAAUCCGGAACUUGCACUACGAAUGGCUGUAAGAAAUAAUUUGUCAGGAGCUGAAGAUCUUUUUGUCAGAAAAUUUAAUAUGCUUUUCCAAAAUGGUCAGUAUGCAGAAGCAGCUAAAGUUGCUGCAAAUGCACCAAAAGGUAUUUUACGUACUCCAGCAACAAUUCAACGUUUUCAACAGGUACCAGCAACCCAAGGCCAAACAUCUCCACUUCUUCAGUAUUUUGGUAUCUUACUGGAUCAAGGACAAUUAAAUAAAUAUGAAUCAUUAGAGUUGUGCCGCCCAGUCCUCGUCCAAGGUCACAAGCAACUUCUAGAAAAAUGGCUAAAAGAAGACAAGCUUGAAUGUAGCGAAGAACUCGGUGAUUUAGUGAAACAAGCGGAUCCAACUCUUGCUUUGAGUGUUUAUCUUCGAGCUAAUGUUCCCAACAAAGUGAUACAGUGUUUUGCCGAGACUGGUCAAUUUCAAAAAAUUGUACUUUAUGCAAAAAAAGUAUCGUAUACACCAGAUUAUAUAUUUCUUUUAAGAAAUGUCAUGAGAAUAAAUCCAGAUCAAGGUGUUGCAUUUUCACAAAUGCUCGUUCAAGAUGAAGAGCCCCUUGCUGAUAUUAAUCAAAUUGUUGAUAUAUUUAUGGAGCAGAACAUGGUGCAACAGUGUACAGCCUUUUUACUAGAUGCCCUUAAAAAUAAUCGUUCAACUGAAGGAGCUUUACAAACUCGUCUUCUUGAAAUAAAUUUAGUAUCUGCGCCUCAAGUUGCUGAUGCAAUUCUUGGUAAUCAGAUGUUUACACAUUAUGAUCGUGCCCAUGUUGCACAACUUUGUGAAAAAGCUGGAUUAUUGCAACGUGCUUUGGAACACUACACUGAUUUAUAUGACAUAAAACGAGCUGUCGUUCAUACCCAUCUAUUGUCUUCUGACUGGCUAGUUGGAUUUUUUGGUACUUUAUCAGUGGAAGACUCACUCGAGUGUUUGAAAGCCAUGCUUACAGCAAAUAUUAGACAAAAUCUUCAAAUUUGUGUGCAAAUCGCGACAAAAUACCACGAACAAUUGACAACAAAAGCCCUUAUUGAUCUUUUUGAAAGCUUUAAAUCAUAUGAGGGACUUUUUUAUUUUCUUGGAUCAAUUGUUAAUUUCAGCCAAGAUCAAGAAGUACACUUUAAAUAUAUUCAAGCUGCUUGUAAAAUUGGGCAAAUUAAGGAAGUUGAGCGCAUAUGUCGUGAGAGUAAUUGCUACAAUGCCGAGCGAGUCAAAAAUUUUUUGAAAGAAGCCAAACUUUCAGAUCAAUUACCACUUAUUAUCGUUUGCGAUCGCUUUGAUUUUGUUCAUGAUCUCGUGCUUUAUUUAUACCGCAAUAAUUUGCAGAAAUAUAUUGAAAUUUACGUACAAAAGGUAAAUCCAUCUCGUCUACCAGUUGUAAUUGGUGGUCUUUUAGAUGUUGAUUGCUCUGAAGAUAUUAUCAAAAAUUUGAUCUUAGUAGUAAGAGGACAAUUUUCCACUGACGAAUUGGUUGAAGAAGUGGAAAAACGUAAUCGUCUUAAGCUACUUUUACCAUGGUUGGAAUCACGAGUUCAUGAGGGUUGUAUUGAACCGGCCACUCACAAUGCUCUUGCUAAAAUCUACAUUGACAGUAACAACAAUCCUGAACGAUUUCUUAAAGAAAAUCAAUUUUACGACAGUCGAGUCGUUGGUAAAUACUGCGAAAAACGUGAUCCACACUUGGCAUGCAUCGCUUACGAACGUGGCCAGUGUGAUCGUGAACUGAUAAGUGUUUGUAAUGAAAACAGUCUUUUCAAGAGUGAAGCCAGGUAUUUGGUAAGACGGAGAGAUCCCGAUCUUUGGGCUGAAGUUUUGCUCGAAAGUAAUCCUUACAAAAGACCAUUGAUUGAUCAGGUAGUUCAAACUGCUUUAUCUGAGACCCAGGAUCCUGAAGACAUAUCGGUUACUGUUAAAGCAUUUAUGACUGCUGAUUUGCCAAACGAAUUGAUCGAGUUGUUAGAAAAAAUUGUUCUUGACAGCAGUGUUUUCAGUGAUCAUCGCAAUCUUCAGAAUCUCUUAAUUCUGACAGCUAUUAAAGCAGAUCGUACCCGCGUCAUGGAAUACAUUAAUCGUUUGGAUAACUAUGAUGCUCCAGAUAUUGCUAAUAUUGCAAUAAAUAACGAGCUUUUCGAAGAAGCUUUUGCAAUCUUUAAAAAAUUUGAUGUCAACACAUCGGCGAUUCAGGUUCUUAUUGAACAAGUAAAAAAUCUUGAUCGUGCUUAUGAGUUUGCUGAGAGGUGUAAUGAACCCGCAGUGUGGUCACAACUCGCUGGAGCCCAGUUGCAACAAGGACUGGUUAAAGAAUCAAUCGACAGUUUUAUCAAAGCUGAUGAUCCAUCAGCCUACGUAAAUGUUGUUGAAACAGCGCGUCGUACAUCACAAUGGGAAGACCUUGUACGUUAUUUACAAAUGGCAAGAAAAAAAGCACGAGAAUCUUUCAUCGAAAGCGAACUGAUCUAUGCAUAUGCCCGGACAAAUCGACUUGCUGAUUUAGAGGAAUUUAUAUCAGGGCCGAAUCACGCUGACAUCCAAAAAAUUGGAGAUCGCUGCUUUGAUGACAGGAUGUACGAGCCUGCAAAGCUACUCUAUAACAAUGUUUCAAAUUUUGCAAGAUUAGCAAUAACUCUGGUACAUCUGAAAGAAUUUCAAGGAGCUGUUGAUUCUGCGAGAAAAGCUAACUCCACCAGAACAUGGAAAGAGGUUUGCUUUGCUUGUGUUGAUAGUGGUGAAUUUCGCCUUGCCCAAAUGUGUGGGUUACAUAUUGUCGUUCAUGCCGAUGAACUUGAAGAUUUGAUAAAUUAUUAUCAAGAUCGUGGUCAUUUUGAAGAACUAAUUAAUCUUUUAGAGGCCGCUCUUGGUCUUGAACGAGCUCACAUGGGUAUGUUUACCGAGCUUGCAAUUCUUUACAGCAAAUAUAAACCUCAGCGAAUGCGUGAACAUCUUGAGCUUUUUUGGUCGCGUGUUAAUAUUCCAAAAGUAUUGCGUGCUGCUGAACAAGCACACCUUUGGGCCGAGCUUGUUUUUCUUUAUGAUAAAUAUGAAGAAUAUGAUAAUGCAGUACUUGCCAUGAUGCAACAUCCGACAGAGGCAUGGCGAGAAGGACACUUCAAAGACGUCAUCACCAAAGUUGCCAAUGUUGAAUUAUAUUACAAGGCAAUUCAAUUUUAUGUUGACUACAAACCACUUUUAUUAAAUGAUAUUCUUUUGGUACUGUCACCUCGGAUGGAUCAUACGAGAUCAGUUGCAUAUUUCACAAAAACCGAACAUCUUCAACUUGUCAAGCCUUAUCUAAGAUCCGUACAAUCACUAAACAACAAAGCAAUAAAUGAGGCACUUAAUGGUUUACUCAUUGAUGAAGAAGAUUACCAGGGUUUGAGAACGUCAAUUGAUGCAUUUGAUAAUUUUGACAAUAUUGCACUUGCUCAACAGCUCGAGAAACACGAGCUUAUUGAGUUUAGAAGAAUUGCAGCUUAUUUGUACAAAGGCAACAACAGAUGGAAACAGUCCGUUGAGUUAUGUAAAAAAGACAGAUUGUUCCGUGAUGCUAUGGAAUACGCUGCGGAAUCAAAAAAUGCUGAAGUUGCAGAAGAACUUUUAGAAUGGUUUCUCGAGCGAGGUUCCAAGGAUUGCUUUGCAGCAUGCUUAUUUUAUUGCUAUGAUCUUCUACAUCCUGAUGUGAUACUUGAGCUUGCCUGGCGACACCAAAUUCUACACUUUGCCAUGCCCUAUCUUAUACAAGUUAUGCGCGAAUAUAUCACCAAGGUUGACAAACUUGAGGAGUCUGAAAGCAGGCGUGUUGAAGAAACUGACCAUCAAGACCACAAACCGAUUAUUAUGCCAGAACCACAACUGAUGUUGACGGCUGGACCAGGCAUGAUGGCGCCAGGAUAUGCCCCACAAGCAGUCUAUGGCAAUACUCCACCAGGUGUUUAUACAUCACCAGCUGCAGUCUACCAGGGGUACAGUAUAUAAAGUCUCGUCAACAAUAAUAUAUUUCACUGCAUCGAUGAAUAGUCUCAUAGGUUGAAUGGGCUGGAUUGAUGAUUGCGUGACGUGUAUCUAUAUAAUAUUUGUUAACUCUUAAGUAAUCAGGAGUAACAGAAAUAAAGUUUUAAAAAAAAUUAAAAAAGAACAUCAAAUAUAAUGUAAGCAAAUAAUAUACAUAAUACAAGUUAAAAAAAACAUUGAAGAUUGUUGAAUCUCUGGCAAUAUUCCUAUACAAAAUGGUUUUCGUCAGAGAAUUAUUGACUUGCGCAGUUUUCCGUUGAAAAUUACAUGCUCUAUGAAAAAUAUAAAAUUAUAUUCUAUAUUAAAAUUACCAAUAAUAAAACAUAUAGAAGUAUAUUACAUAAGACAAAAAAAAAUUGAAAAAUUAUUAUUUAAUAAUUAGUUUUAAUUAAUUAAUGUUAAUCAUUUAUGCGUAUCUAUCAUCUAAUUGCUGCUUGGAAUGACCUAUUAACUGGUGUUGAACAUAUAUUUGUUUGUUGAUAUAUUCAAUAUGUAUAUUUAUGGAUUAGCUAAAGCAAAAUAGUUUGAAUGAAAAUUUAGAAACUGAAGUGUGAUGAUACAGUUGAUGUCAUCAUAGUUUUUAUUACAAUAAGAUUUUUUUUUUUUCGGUAAAUAAAAGAAAAUAAAAACUAGAAUGUCAUGUCUUAAUCGAAAAAAUAAAAAUAGUAUUGUAAUAAUGAAUCAAUUAACAAUAUUAAAAUUAUCAGAAAAUAUAGAUGAAUUGAGUAAUAUUUUUUUCUUGUACACUUACAGGAACUGUUAUUGUUUAUAAGUUUGGAGUAGGUGUUUUUAAAUGUAUACAAUUUUUUUUUCUUCAAUUUAUUAACUUCAUUAUUAUUCAUUACAAGUUGAAAAUUUAUUUCUAUCUAUGUUAGAUUUUGUUUAGUUAACAAUCUUUGAAAUAAUGAAAAUGUAUUUGAAUUCGCUUUAUAAUUAAUAAUAAAAAUAGUUUAUGGCAAUUAAAAACAUGUCGACUUCAUAAAAGUAUCGUGAGACAAUCCGAUUACGAUUUCAAGAUUUUACAAUUAACAUACAAAGUUAGAAAGUAAUCGAUCAAUAAAUC